GCAACACUAGGUGAAGGGGAACAUGGCAGUCGGCGUCAGUGUUCAGCAUGGAUUAUUUAGCAGAAAAACAUCGCUAAUUUACAGUAUUCCCAGAAAGAUAGCACUGAGCGGAGUUUGUAUUCAAAGAGCGGCUGAAAUUCAAAGUGUGAGAGCGUCAACAAACACAGCAGGGGAGAAUCAGCACAGUGAGAAAUACUGCCUGAACCUGGUCAGGUCCAGGGACUAUGAGGGCUUCUUGUCGUGUCUCCUCCUCCCAGAGGAGGCGCGGCGCUCCUCUCUGGCUCUGAGAGCCUUUAAUGUGGAGCUGGCACAGGUGAAGGACUCCGUUUCCCAGAAGACCAUUGGUCUGAUGCGAAUGCAGUUCUGGAAAACGGCUAUAGAGGAGAUCUACAGAGAUGACCCUCCGAACCAGCCAGUCAGCACUGAGCUGUGGAAGGCAGUGAAGACACAUGGUCUUACAAAGAGAUGGUUGAUGAGGAUUGUUACAGAAAGGGAAAAGGACCUGGAUGACAGAGCCUACAGGAACCUACAGGAGCUUGAGAAGUAUUCAGAGAACACACAGUCUUCACUCUUAUACCUGCUGCUGGAGUGUUUAGGAGUGAAAAAUGUUCAUGCAGAUCAUGCAGCAAGUCACAUAGGAAAAGCUCAGGGAAUCGCCACAUGUCUCAGAGCCACUCCUUACAACAGCAGCCGGAGGAAAGUCUACCUGCCCAUGGAUAUUUGCAUGCUGCACGGAGCGUCUCAGGAGGAUUUCAUCCGUGGCAGCCGGGAGAAGAACGUUCGAGAUGUUGUGUUCGACAUCGCCAGCCAGGCUCACGUGCACCUUGAACACGCCCGAUCGUUUAGCCACAACGUUCCAGCAGCAGCAACCCCGGCAUUCCUUCCCACUGUCGUGUUGGAGGACUAUCUGCAGAGAGUCAGGAAAGCUGAUUUUGAUGUUUUCCACAAGAGCCUGCUGAGCAGAAACCCUCUGCUGCCCUUCCAGCUGUACCUCCGUUCCUGGAAGAAGACCUACUGAUUCCAGCUGCCCCCUGUCCCAGUUCAACCAGUUUGACUCUAAGCAACCUGCAGGACUGGCACUCAGAGACUUUACUUACUGAGAUUCUGCUCUCAGAAUGCUAAACAGUACGUUAAUAAAGACACACAGACUUGGUGAAAUAAGAGCACUGGCACUGACAUCCUCACGCUCAGAGAAACUACAAACCCCAGCUGGCUGGUUCUCACUCCAUCAGCUUUGUAUCUGGAGUUUUUUCUUCCUAGAAAACAGAUGGAGGAAAGAUAUGGAGCUCUAACAGAGACACACAGGGCUCUGGAGAGCAAAUGCUGCAGUAAUUAAAUGCUUUUUAAUCUCAA